AUGAAUCAAACGUGCAAAGUAUGCGGUGAACCAGCGGCGGGUUUUCAUUUCGGAGCUUUCACAUGCGAAGGGUGCAAGUCCUUCUUCGGCCGCUCCUACAACAACCUGAGCUCGAUAUCCGAAUGCAAGAACAACGGCGAAUGCGUCAUCAACAAGAAAAACCGCACCGCCUGCAAGGCGUGCCGCCUCCGAAAGUGCCUGCUCGUCGGCAUGUCCAAGAGCGGCUCGCGCUACGGCCGCCGCUCCAACUGGUUCAAAAUCCACUGCCUCCUCCAAGAGCAACAGCAACAGCAGCAACAGCAACAGGCCAACAUGGCCAACAGCGCCGCCCAUCAGAAACCGCAACAGCAAAAAACGCCGCCGUUGCACCACCACCACCACCACCACCACCAGGGCACCGCAGGUCACCUCAGCAUGGGCCUGUUGGGCAUCAACUCGUUCCCGCCGCCGCUGCUCCACCUGCCCAAAACUAAAGAGGAACUCAUGCUGCUCGGCUUGGACGAAUGCAACAAGUACACCGCCUCCCCUUCGGUCAGCUCCCCGGAAUCCCACAAUUCCGAUUCGUCGGUGGAGGUGAGCGACGCCCGCCGCCUACCCUACUUCCCCGGCCUCCUGCCGCCCGCCUUCCUACCGCCGCCCGGCUUCCUCUUCCCGCCCGGCUACCCGCCCCUCUAUCCCGGCCUACUGCAGCCCGCCAACAACAACAAGCUCAUCAAGAACCGCAACCACGGCGGCGGCGGCGGCGCCGAGACGUUCAGCAAGCGCGUCUUCCUCGACGCCGUGCUGCAGAGCCAGCGAUCGCCGACGCCCGACGCCGAGCCGGCGGCGGAGCGGCGUCGCGACGACGACGACGGGCUGACGCCGAUCGAUUUGAGCAUGAAGGCGGGCAGCGAGCGGUCGUCGCCGGCGCGCAGCGCGACGCCGCCCGGCGCCGACGGCAGCGACGCCGACGAGGAGAGCGAUUGCGCGUCGGACGACGGCGGCGCGACGCCCGUCAAGCGGAUGAAGCUCGUCAGGCCGGCGCCGCUCGAUCUCACCACCAAGGCGUGAGGGGGAUUCUCCACCAAUAUAUAUUUGAUAUAAACAGUAUAUAGUACCUGAUGAUGGCGGCGAUGGAACGAUGAAACGGCGCCGCGGCGUCAGGUAUAUAGCGCGGAUAUUGUAGGUUGUUUUGUUUUGUUUUUUUUUUGAAGUUAAUUGAUUCAAAUUUGAUCGAACAAACGCUGUCACUUGUCACAAUCUAUCGUUUGACAUGUGUCAUGUAAGUCAUUUGGCUAAAUGUCAAUUUGAGCAUUCACGAAACACUUGAUUAUAGCGAAUUAUAAAAUUUGUAUAUGCGUGCGAAAUAAUAACUUUCAAUUCGACUUAAUCUUCUUCUUCUUCUUCAUCAUUCAGCCGUAUUAAUCGAGAAAAAUUAUUUCUUGAAGGUUAGUUAGUAGGUAUUCUAUAAUUUGAUUGGAUUUUACUAGAAAAAAUUUCACUAGAUACACUAUAACAUUAAGCCCAGACACAAAAUUUUUCACUCAUACAUUGAAAUAGAUUUCAGAUGGUUAAAAUAUUUUAUGAUUAAAUAUUGUGAGCCCUUAAUUGUGAGCGACUUAAUCCUCGAUGACAACUGACAGUUAACCGUCAAUUUCGUGAAUGUCAAUAAUAGAUGUGUACAUUAGAAACGGCCUUUACCUAUUCAUUUCGUCGGUAUAAAAAGAAGAAGAAGAAGAAAAAAAAACGGCGUAGAAUCGAAUACCCCGCAGGAAUAAUCGAGUUCACGGCGCCGCAGGACGCCCGUAAUACCAUAAAUUCCGUCUAAAAUGCGCAAGCUCUCGUCCCGUUAGAUAGAAAACACAUCGUUUUCCAUCCUCACGCGUCAAUUCGUUAUUAUAAAAGAUCGUUUCUUCUUCGGCUACGGAGUUUAAUUGUCGAGUAUUGUUUUGCGAACGUGUAUAGAUCUAGAUCUCCGUGGGAACUCGACGAGCAUCCAUUGACAGGACAAUGUCGCUUCUAAUGGACGGGUUAUGACCCGUCGCAGGAGCUUUACUGACCCACUAACGACGUCACGAAUCGUUCCUCUGUCACCUGUCAACGAACGUUCGAUGUUUUGUGGAUAUAUUGACGUAUCGAAUCGUCAAAUGUCAAAUGUCAAUUUUUUGAAUAAAUGUCACUUUUUGAUGGAAGUUUGUGGGGCUAUUUAUCGACUAGGUGGUCUAAAAAUUGCCUCUAUUAAAUCGAAAAUGGUCACAAUCGGUUUCUGGUUUUGGAAAAAAUUAACAUCUGCGGUCGUGGCGUUGAAUUGAAAGUAAUUAUUUUAACCGUUUUAUUUUUUUUUUUAAUGUUACCAUUUAUGAUGAACUUCGUCCGUGUUUAUAGCGGGAAUUCGUUUUUCCAUUUGAUUCUGUGGCGAUCGAGGGGAAAACUUUUUCCGGAUUUUGUUGUUUUCCAACGAUAUUAUCGAUUAUUGUAUGAACGCAAUUAUUGUUAUUGUACAUAGUAAAUCGUUUUUUUUUUAAUUGUACAUAUUAUUUAAUUAUUUUUUUUGUAAAAUGUAUUUUCUAGUGAUAUUUAAAUGCGCUCUGUUCGAUUCUUUUUAGUAGAUAAUAAGAAAUAUAGUCGGCCAGUAUAUAAAUAUUUUAUUUAAAUAAAUGUUAUUUUAUUAUAUCUAUAACCGAACAGAGCAAUUAUUAGUAUUUUUUGUAAUAUUUUUUUAGUGCGAAGGAAUGAUAGAAACGUUUAAAUUUUACUACACUUACUCAACAAUGCCCUGUACAUAUCAAUUCAAUUUAUCCAAUAUUGGAAGUUUAGUUUUAAUUCUUGAAUUGUAUAAUUCGCAAUGCCAUUUUGGGGAAUGCCAGCAACAUAUGUCAAAUGCCAGAAAUGUCAAAUGUCAAAAUUGUCAAAUGUCAGUUGGGCGAUUCCCAAAUUACUAAACGUAUUGAAUGUGAUAUCUCUUUCUGUAACGUUUUAAUUAUUCCUUCGCGCGGCACUUUUAAAGAUUUUGGGGCUCGAAACGACCAAAAAUUCGGCAUUUAUCGACGGGCAUUUGUAAAAUAAAAACGUGUAAAUAAUACGAUUUAUUCGUCGCAUAGAAUUUUCGUCUGUUACUUUUUUUUAUAGGGGACGUGGGCCAGUUGUGAUUGCGCGUGCGUGAACGUGUAUGUUUUGUAC